AUGUGGAAAGAAGAUGAAAAAGGAAUAAUGUUGGAGUACCUUAAGAAAAAUGGAGAGGCUAUUGAGCUUUUUAAGAAAAGAUAUGAUGAAAAGUUUGGGGAGAUCAACCUGAAAAUGCAAAAAAUUGAGGUUGCAUUCAACAAGAUAAUGGAGAAUAGUGUGGAUAUGUUGAGAGUGUCUACUACCAACAUGUCAGUGAUGUUGGAUAGAUUGGAGAAGAUGCAUAAUGAUAGGAAAUUUGUGGAUCUGGAGACGGGUGUUGGAGUUUCUAGCUCUAAGGAUUUCCCUUGCACUAUGAGGAGGACCAAACAAAGCACCAAAGCUAUGAAGGUACCUUUCCCUCAGGAUCUUCUCGACCUCAAGGAAGUUGCAAAGACCAUGAUGAUGCUAGAGAAAGAGGGAGGCUUAACUAUCGCGAUAAUGUUUCCUCCUGCAUUUGGAUUGAUAGCUUUGGUGGCCGUAGCAUAUAGCAUGCUCAAUGUCUGGAUGGCCAUGCAGGUUGGAAUGGCUAGAAAAAGAUACAAUGUUCCAUAUCCAACUAUGUAUGCAGAUGAAAAUAAGAACAAGGAUGGCAAAUUAUUCAACUGCAUCCAGAGAGGGCACCAGAACUCCUUGGAGGUCAUGCCCAUGUUCUUUGUGCUUCUCACAUUUGGAGGUUUGCAGCACCCAAUAGUGGCGACUGUUUUGGGCGUCAUAUAUUGCAUGGCAAGGUUUUUGUAUUUCACAGGCUACGCAACUGGUGAUCCAAAGAGGAGACUCACAUAUGGGAAAUUCAACUUUCUGGCAUUGGUGGGGCUGUUAGGAUGCUCUGCGUCUUUCGGAGUGCGUCAACUCUUUAGUGGUCCUUUGCUUUAG